AUGUCGGCUAGCGUCCAAAGGGAAACACCGCAGCUUCCGCCUACAUUCGCGGUGCAUUCCCCGCCGUCACCACCACGCAGUCAGGAGCGCAGCUUAGCUUCGUCUCGGAACGGCGAUGGUCAUAUACAGGGAGGUCUGACGCACCAUGUGCGCCAAUCUGCUUCUACAAGCGUCUCUACAUCCGUCCCUCCUCGGCCGAUGACACCGAAGCCAAGCCCUUCCACACCUUCCAUUCAACCCGCACGCCUUUCUCCAAAUGGACCUAGUGUGGAUGCGAAUAGCCUGUCCGUGGAACGAAAGCUGAAGAGUACUUCUCUCCCGCCACCGGCUAAUCGAGCAACGAAACCAAAAAUACCUGUAAAGCCGCCAACGCUCUCCCAGACCGAGCGCAAUACUCUGGCCCCGCAACAAGAGCGAGCCUCAUUCGAAGACCAUGUGUCCCCAUUUAGUACGCCUCCAAGCAGCCCGGAGAAGGGACCGCCCAAGCCUAUGUCUACUGAGAAGGUUGCUCCGAGGCCGCUUCCCGCGCGUCCAAUCCCAGAACCGCCCACCCGACGUUCAUUUGAGGAGCGACCUUCAGCCGCAGCCCUGAAUGUGGCCCGAGAUCUGAGGGAUCAUAGUUCUCCUCGUAGUAGGCCACUUCCCGAACCUUCUCGGGCGACGAAGCCAUUGAUGGUGCAAAUCCCUGCCUCAACACCAGUUCUGCCAGAAUCUUCUACUGCCCCUCCCAUCUCGAUACAGAGACCCCCACCCUCGAAGGAGUGGAAAAUCCCCCCGUCCGCGAAUUUCCCCCUGCUGAUUAACCUCCCACCUCCAAGGACACCAGGACACCGGCCUUUGCCACCCGCACAUCAGUUCGCUGAACCCCCGAAAACAUCCACCCAGUAUCAGCGUCAUAAGACCACGAACUUGGGGUCACAGCCUCCACCAUUCCCGGAGCGUCGCAUUGCGCGGACCGACACGGAAGAAGAGGAAGCGCCGAUUGAUGAGCCCGCAGUUCCGUUAACCGAUUAUCCGGACGCCUCACAGGCAAACCGCCGACCUCCUUUCUACAAAACAGGCCCGAAAGAGAUACCCACUCGCUACGACACUCGCGUUCUGGACGUGUGUGGAAAAUAUGUUUGCACAACGGGUUACUUGACCCGAGUCUGGGAUCUGACCACAGGCGAGCUGCUCAUGACUCUCGGCCAUGGAGAGACCGUCAAAAGCCUUUCCAUUGCUUUCAAGCCCGGGAACUCGUUGGAGGAAGAAGGACAGCGGUUCUGGCUUGGGACAAGUGCCGGAGAUCUCCAUGAAGUUGAUAUUAAGUCGCAAAUGAUAUGCUCCAGCCGCUCGUAUCCGUCUCGUCGAGAGGUCAUUAAGAUCCUUCGUCACAAGAAAGAGAUGUGGACACUUGAUGACGAGGGUCGACUGCUUGUAUGGAUGCCAGAUGAGACCGGAACGCCGAAUCUGCAAUAUAGCUACCAUAAUCCUCCAGAGCGAGUUGCGCGCGGCCACACCUUUUCCAUGGUUGUUGACGACACGCUCUGGCUUGCGGCCGGUAAGGAUGUGUAUAUUUACCGUCCCGACGCGAAAGACGAGGUUUCAUUCAAGGUCUUGAAGCGCCCUAUUAGUAUGCAGUCUGAGGUCACAUCAGGCGCUUAUACCACAAAAGACGGUGGGCGUGUUUACCUGGGGCAUGCGGAUGGCAAGGUCACGAUAUCCUCGUCGACGGACUAUUCAUGCCUCGGAGUGGUGAAUGUCAGCGUGUAUAAGAUCAAUUGUCUCGGUUUCGUCGGGAAUUAUCUAUGGGCGGCCUAUAAAACAGGCAUGAUAUACGUCUACGAUGUCAAGACAAACCCUUGGACCGUGAAGAAGGACUGGCGUGCUCACUCAAGUCCAGUGUGCGGUUUCGUGCUGGACUCGAGCAGCGUUUGGACGAUGAACCGCCUUCAAGUCACCUCACUGGGCUUAGACAAUUGCAUUCGUCUCUGGGAUGGAAUGUUAGAAGACGAUUGGAUUGGUAAGUCAGACCAGCGAAUGUCAACUCCUAGGAUAUUUCUAAUUUGUAUAGAUGCCCGAAUGUCCAGCAAAGAUGUUGAAUUCUGCCAAUUCCGAGAAAUCCGUGCUGCGGUCGUGACAUGGAAUGCCGGUGCUUCUACACCUGGGAGUCUCAGAACAUCAGAUUUCUUCAAAAAUGCCAUCCACCCAGAAGACCCGCCAGAGAUCAUCGUCUUUGGAUUCCAGGAGCUGGUCGAUCUUGAAAACAAAAAGAUCACAGCCAAGAGCUUGUUGAUGAGUGGCAAGAAGAAAGAAACCGGGGAGAAAGAACACACGAGCCGACAAUAUCGAGUGUGGAUCGACUAUCUGACCCGAGUCCUUCACGAAUGUAUGCCUCUCGAUGAAUCGUACGUGUUGCUGCACUCCGCCAACAUGGUCGGUCUCUUCACCUGCAUUUUCGUGAAGCACAAAGAGCGCCACAAUAUCAAGAGCAUCAACGCAUCGGAAAUCAAGCGAGGCAUGGGAGGGCUGCAUGGCAAUAAGGGUGCUCUCAUCUUUCGGUUCGUUUUGGAUGACAGCUCGAUGUGCUUUGUCAACUGCCACCUUGCGGCUGGCCAGACCCAAACUGCCCACCGCAACACGGACAUUGCACAGAUCCUGGAAGCCGAAUGCCUGCCCCACGAGACCAAUCUGGUGACUCGAAUUGAUCAGUACGCGAGUGGCGGCGACGGAUCCAUGAUUAUGGACCACGAGAUCUGUAUCCUCAACGGAGAUCUGAACUAUCGCAUUGACGCCAUCCCGCGUCCCACCAUUAUCAAUGCCAUCCGCCAAAACAACCUUGCUAAAUUGCUCGAGCGAGAUCAAUUGCUGGCUUCGCGACGUAAGAACCCUGGGUUCCGACUCCGAAGCUUUACUGAAGCGCCCAUUACGUUUGCCCCCACUUACAAAUACGAUGUUGGGAGUGACGAGUACGACUCCAGCGAGAAGAAGCGCUCCCCGGCUUGGUGUGAUCGGAUCCUCUAUCGCGGCUUCGGCCGAAUCAAGCAGCUUGAAUAUCGCCGGCAUGAAGUCUAUGCCUCUGACCAUCGGCCUGUCAGUGCGAGCUUCAAGAUUCGGGUGAAGACGGUGCUACCGCAGAAACGAGCUGCAGUCUGGGAUGUCUGUCAGCAAGAAUUCCAAGACGAAAAGCGCCGACUUGCUUCUGAAGCAAGGUGA